UCCGGGAAAGGUGUACGUGUCUCUGGUGCAAAUCAACGCAAUAGUGUGUGUGUUUGUGUGUGUGUGUAUUUUCCUCACUCGGAACCGCCAUCCAGGCAAUUAGGAGCAGUUUUCUGCUGCUUUUGCUACCCUGUUUUUCUAUCAAAAUCGCAUUUAACUUUACCAGACGCUUCUGUUUUUCAGUGGUGGUGCUGCCGUACACAUAAGAAUUUGGUUUAUGCGAGGAAAACAAAACCAAAAAGGGAAGCCUCGGUUAGCGCUUCCCGUAGUGGUAUCGUUUAUGCGUGAUUUGAAACAUUUAUUUGGCCUGCGCCGGGUGAAUUGUCCUGCUCUACGACACCGAUCGGAUCGACCAGCUUUGGAGCCGUAAACCGGGUGUGAUUUUAGCUAGCGAGAUUUUUGCAUAGUACACACCUCAUUCAUACCAGUUCGGAGCAUCGGAAAAUAACAAGAAAAGCAACAUGGCUACCAGUUUGAAAUUUGUGUUAUUCCAAUAUAUAAUGGUUGUCUACACAUUCUACAACCCUACGAAUAGCGGAGCUGUUCAGCUAAACAGUGAAAAUAUCGACAUGACUCUCGCGUCUAAUGAAUUAGUUUUGAUCAACUUCUAUGCUGACUGGUGCCGAUUCAGUAACAUACUGCAGCCCAUCUUCGACGAGGCAGCUGAAAAGGUCCAAACAGCAUUCCCUGAAUCGGGGAAGGUCGUAAUGGGUAAAGUGGAUUGCGAUCGUGAAUCUGCUGUGGCGUCACGUUUCCACAUCACCAAAUAUCCUACGCUGAAGGUGCUGCGCAACGGACAACCUACCAAACGCGAAUAUCGUGGAGCGCGCACGGUCGAGGCAUUCACAGAGUUUAUACGCAAGCAGCUAGAAGAUCCGAUACGGGAGUUUCAGAACAUAAAGGAUUUGGAGCAGCUUGAUUCGAAGAAACGUAUCGUGGUGGGAUAUUUCGAUCGCCGUGACAUGCCCGAGUACAACACGUUUCGGAGGGUCGCAACGAACCUGAAGGAAGAUUGUCAAUUCCAUGUUGGCUUUGGAGAUGUAGUACAGGCAUUGCAUCCUCCAGGAUAUUCAGCAAGCCAUCCCAUCAUUGUGUUCCGGCCAGAUGUCGCCAUGUCGAACGAGAACGACGAAACGUACAUAGGCGAUUUGCGCAGCUUUGACGAGCUCAACAUCUGGGUACAGGAGAAGUGUGUACCGUUGGUUCGUGAAAUCACGUUCGAAAAUGCGGAAGAGUUGACCGAAGAAGGUCUACCGUUCUUAAUAUUGUUCUAUGCACCGGGUGAUCUUGAGUCGAUGAAGGACUAUAAAGCUAUUGUGCAGUUGGAUCUCAUAUCUGAGAAACAAAAUGUAAACUUCCUGACCGCUGACGGUAAACGCUUUGCCCAUCCGCUGCAUCAUCUUGGUAAAACUCAGGCCGAUUUGCCAUUGAUUGCAAUAGACUCCUUCCGCCACAUGUACUUAUUCCCGAAUUUUAAGGAUAUUUAUGUACCGGGCAAACUUAAGCAAUUCCUGAAUGAUCUCUACAGUGGUAAACUACACCGUGAGUUCCAUUACGGCCCAGAAAAGGACACGGUGGCUGAUACGAACGCGAUCGAUGAUGGCAAAAAGCCAACGACCCCACCAGAAUCUACAUUCAAAAAAUUGGGACCUUCGAAAAAUCGAUACACUUUACUGCGUGAUGAGCUUUAAAGGUUUGGGCGUAACAGUUCGAGUAGCAGACCACUAUCAACAGGGGCAAUGUUAGCCGGAACAAGGGAUUUUCGAAACUACAUUUCCGCAACUAUUAGGAGAAGUAAUCCCGUUUCCUGAAUUGCACAUACAGCUGGUGGAGACAUAAAUUUGGAGGAAAAAUAAAUCCAGUCGGAGGAUGAGACAGAAAUCGAUAAUGAUGUAGGGGAAAGGGUUUAAAUAACGCUCGUUCGGUUGCGACUAGCAUCUUUAAGGUGAGACUAAAAUGAACAAUUUCCAAUCUUUCCUAUUCAACGCUAUAUUUGUUCAUCAUCAAACAAGCAGAGUUUAUGAAAAGUUUUUCAACCGCCCUGAUGAUUAGCCAAAAUUACAUUUGGCACAAUAGUCACUCAAGUACGAAGCGUUAAAUGGCUGCACCACCUUAUAGGUUGCGUUGUGAUUGUUAUUUGAACUUUGUCUUAUACUUUCACCCCCUGCAACCGUGGCGCAUCUAGUACCAGCAACAUAUGCUUAACCCAAAACAGUCAAUAGUGUACCAUGUGUAAGAUGAUUCUAAAAGCUUAAUUUUUUGUUAGUUUUUGUUUCUGUGUGUAUGGACGAAAAGGCUAUUUGCGUGAAUUGAAUGAAUGACUUAAGAAGAAAAUAUUUUAAAAAAAUCUAAGUGCGUACGGUGUAAAGCUGCAAACAUGAUAAAACUCCUAAAAGACACGUUCGUUUGAAUAAAAAAAUAAUCUUGCAACUAUCACGUGGAAUACAAGUGAGAGAGAGAGAGAAAAAG